GGAAUUCAGUCGCACACUUAGUGUACUAACGACGUAAACGUCUGAUCAUUGUGGGAGGGUCCUCGUUCUCACGCGGACCCCCAUUGUUUUGGCACCACUUUGCCAAUUGAUUAAUUAGUGGCGCCUCGAUAUCGCAAAACUUCCGAGACGUUCGAACGUCAGUUUGUAAUUCACCAACGAGUGGCUCGUUACCACCGAAGUCUAUAGUAUUCUGCGAAACUUCAUCAUCCAAACGUGGACCAGACUAUCACGAUGUUACUAAUCCGAUAUUCUCUGAUCUUUGCCUUUGUGUCUGUCGCGGCCGCCACUUUUUUCGGCUUCGGUACAACGACCCCCGCGGCAGGCAACCCGUCGCAGUUCGAUGUUUAUUGGAACGUGCCCAGCUUUAUGUGCAAUCAAUACGACGUGAUAUUCGAGAAUCUCAAGGAUUUUGGAAUUCGUCAAAACACGUUGGAUAAAUUUCGCGGUGAAGAGAUCGCGAUCCUUUAUGAUCCUGGAAUGUUCCCAGCGUUGUUAACCGAUAAAACUGGAAUCGUAACGAAAAGAAACGGUGGCGUUCCUCAAGAAGGGGAUUUGAAGAAACAUCUCGAGACGUUCCAGAAGCACUUGAUCAAGCAAAUCCCUGAUGGGUCGUUUAGCGGUAUUGGCGUGAUAGACUUCGAGAGCUGGCGGCCGAUCUUCCGACAAAAUUGGGCCUCUCUCGAACCCUACAAAACUCUGUCUAUAAACCUGGAACGUGAGAAACAUCCCAAUUGGAGCGACGGAGCCAUCAGAAAGGAAGCGAAGCGUCGCUUCGAAAAAUACGGCAGAGUAUUCAUGGAAGAGACCUUGAAGAUGGCAAAGAAGCUUCGGCCUAAAGCCACAUGGGGCUAUUACGGUUAUCCACAUUGCUUUAAUCAGACUCCUGGCCAACGCACCUCACACUGCAAUCGUCAGACUAUGGUAGAGAACGACGGAAUGUCUUGGCUCUUCACGCUCGAGGACAUGCACUUGCCUUCCGUAUACUUGAGACAGGAGAUCGAAGAAGAGGAUCGAGUGGGCUUCGUGAAGGGCAGAGUGUCAGAGGCGAUACGUAUCGCGGAAAAAUGUCCGAGCAAACAACAAAUUCUUCCAUAUUACUGGUUCAAGUAUCAGGAUCACAGAAAUAACUUCUUGAGUAAGAAAGAUACGGAGAAUGCGUUCAGCACGAUUGCCAGCCUCGGUGCCGAUGGUCUGAUCAUUUGGGGUAGUUCCGAAGAUACGGAUACGGAACAAAAGUGCAAGGACCUGCUACGAUACGUAAAAGAGACUCUGGGACCAACGAUAAAGCGGAUCAAACGGCUCUAAACGGCGGAAUAACGCAAAGUAUGUGGUCUGCGCUCACGGGGGCCACCACACCAUGCCGAGGGAGCUCCUAUAGUAACGCGCACACGAGUCGCGUGUGCUGCGUUUACGCGGGGCCACCUCGUUGACUCUGCCACCUCCACCUUCAUUUCCUCCUUCUACAAUUCAACGUAAAGCUAGAGCUGUGAAAUAAAAACGAGCUCAAGUGUUUUAGAGCAAACGUAUCUUUCGAAAGUAUAUGCAGAAUUAAUCUAUAAAAUAAAAAGACGACGAUAUUUUAAUGCCAACAAUUGGAGCAUGGACAAUUAAACAAAAUUAAAGAGAUUUUUCUUUAGAUACUUUUGUAAGAAACGUUUUGCAUGCAAUUUUUUCGCAAGAAGAAAAAAGUAAAACAAAAGAAAAAUCGAUAUAUUUUAAACACGAGCUACUUUAUCACGAGGGAAUGGAGCAAAGCUCAUGUAAGUCCUCUUCCGCCUAGUUCCCCAUCCCUCUGUCCCCUUCUCACGGACUCCGGUUCGGUUCCCCACACGCGUUCCGGGCACGCCGUGCAGCCCGCGAAGAAUUAGUAUGGGCGAAGAAACAAAAGCACGAGGAAUCGCGGAGGGAUCAGCGACGACGAAGAAGAUAGAGGAAAAAAAAGGAACCGAAAUGGCGCCACACGUUCAGCGUGUUUUCGGGGCAUCCCCCAGUGCUGUUGGCAAACUCCUUUUUUCGGCGCCGUCCGUCUCCCUCGUACUCGCCCGUUCCUGGUCCUCCUUCUCGUACCCUGCGGGCCCUGCCUCGCCUUCUCUGUCUUUCCUUCGGGUAUUCUCUCGCGAUCCGCACCCUCGCGCAACCGACUUCUCUUUUAUUUCCUUACUCCUUCUCUAUUCUUCAAGCUCACCCUGUACCCCUGGGCCAUCUAUUAGUUCGCUCAUGGUAUCCCAAUAUCUGAAAGAGUAAAAAAAGAGAGAAGAAAAUAGAAGAAAAGAAGGAAAAAACGCCAGACCAUGCUGGCGUCCCAACGAAAUAUGAAAUUAGGGUAUGUCAAAACGGGGGGUGGAGAUUUUCAUUAAAACCAAUGGGAGAUUAAAACCCGAGACACCUAAUUAUAGAUAUAUCACUCGCCGUCAUCUCCGGAUCGUUCGGCCAUGCACCGGAUCAUUAAGUUCGGGAGAUUGAACUUCGAGACGACCGGAUCCUUCUGUCCCGGCCAAGUAUUAUACACGGACCGCAGGUUGAUCGGCGGGCGCGCAUGCAACUUGGCACCAGAAGACAGGAAUAAUAUUAUUUUCUACCGCUGCAUGGGUGAUUUCAUUACGAGAAAAACAGCACGAUGUCAUUACGGCGUUGAGCAACCGUGCGACCCCGCAUGCAGGAUUAAAUAUAAUUACGUAUGAUCUAUUAUCGCUUACGGUUGUCGAGGAAAGCAUGCUGGCGAAGGUGGUUGGCGUAGUAGUUUUAUGGAGAGGGAAUUAAAUCGUAGAAGAAACUUGUAUGACUUUGAUCAACAUGCGACAACGUAUUAUCGCAGAAUGCUUUUCACCGAUAGAUCCUUCCCCCUUCCCACCCAAAAUCCUUCUUUCUUCUUUUCUCUUUUUAUCCCUUGUCGUAUUUUAAUAUUGCGAUGUGAAGCAUAGCUAUAUAGAUACCGAAUAAUGAGCAUUUUUUCAAAAAUAUAGCUAUUUUCUUUUAAUUUAUUUUUCAUGUAAUUAUUGGAAUAAGAAAAAAUAAAUAAGUAUUACGCGAUAUUAUUUUUAUUAAAAAUCUUUUGUUGUAAAAUGUGCGUGAAAAGAAAGUUGCAAAGAACGCAAAGAAAGUUUGCGUUAUCUUCUUUGCUGCUGACAUCAUCGAUGUAUAUGGCUAACUAUCUUGAU